UGCGCAUGUCCGGAAAAACAAGCGCAAGCGUGUUCUCGACGAGUCGUACUCGUUACGGCUUUGCUCCAUGACGGAUUUUGAUUAAAUGACACUUUCAUUGAGGUAUAGUUGACGCUUGCCAGAGUUUGACUGCAAUUUCAUUUGGCAGAUAUUAUCCGGAAGCGUCGUUGUUUUAGCGGCGCGUCUUGGUUUCUCGUGUUACUUUACUUUCAGAAAAUCACCAAUUUCGUUAGGAAUAGAAUGAGUUUACCUUGUCGGUUUGGUGUGUCUUCGGCUCAUUCCGACGAUAAGAUAUGUGUUCAGUUUAAAAAAAUUUCUUCUUUUUUUAUUUCUUCUUCUUCUUGUGCUUCUUUGUCUUCGUCGGUUAUUUUUUGGGGGGGACGGUUGACGACCAAUUGGGGUAUUACCGCCACCAACUGCUGUGGAGUGUAGAUCUUGAUGCAUACACAAAACUUUAAAAGUACCACAACAACAAAACCCUAAUAAUAAUUUAACAAAUCCAAAAUUAACAAACCCCCCGACAAAAAAACGACAUCAUUCUAAUUACGUAUAUUUCUCUUAUAUAUUGAAAUAUUAAAAAAACUUUGUCUCAGAAUUUCCAAACUACAUUUUUCUUUGUUUUUGAAAUCAAAUGUCUUCUCUCAACCUUAUACCUUUCACGACUAAGUAAAACAUGCUAACUGUUUCCAAUCUCGCACAGUGACAGCUUCCCCAUCGUAAAUAAUGUCUUGUUCAGCCCUGCAUGUCCAAAUCUCAUUCUCAGGAUUAUUCUUGCUUCUUUUCUGUUUUUAAGAUAAACACUGUUAGAAAUACUAGAGAAUAACUUCUGUUGUACUUUAAAACAAAAGCACCGUGCCGUCGCAUCCUGAUGACGUCACACACGUUGGAGCUAAUCAGUCCAGGCGAGGUCAUGAAUGGUCGAGGGCGAGCGUCAAGAAAGCGGAAGAAGAAACGUGACGGUGUGGCCCAGUCAGUCCCUCUGAGCCACCAGCCUGAGUACGCGGAGCUGCUCAGGUUUCUCCACCGGCGAGGAUUCGCGUCAACGUUGCUGCAACCGGCCCUCUUCUCUGACACAGGCCGAGGUCUGCAGGCUGUCAGGAGUGUAAAACCCAACCAACUGUUGAUUUCUCUGCCCGAGUCUUGUCUGCUGACAACCUCCACCGUGCUGGACAGCUACCUCGGACACUAUAUCAAGAGCUGGAAGCGGCGUCCGUCGCCUCUGUUGGCUCUCUGCGUCUUCCUGGUGUGCGAGCGGCACAGAGGCCCGGACGCCGAAUGGUGGCCGUACAUCCGCGUCCUUCCCGCCUCCUACACGUGUCCCGCCUAUUUCGCCCACGCCGCCGCCGCGCUCCUGCCCGUCGGACUGCGGCGGCGAGCUCUGGAGCAGGGGGACGCCGUGCGGGAAAUGCACUUGUCCAACCGGGACUUUUUUAGGACUUUGCAGACAGUCCUUAGGCAGCCUGUGGAGGACGUGUUGACCUUUGACGCACUAAGGUGGGCGUGGUGCAGCGUCAACACCCGCUCCGUCUUCAUGUGUCAACCGUCCAACGAAUUUUUGCGCGGGCCAAAUGAUUACGCGCUGGCUCCCUUUUUGGAUUUGCUCAACCACCGGCCUGACGUGCAGGUUAAAGCUGGUUUCAACCACGAGACCCAAAGUUACGAGAUCAGGAGCGCGGGCGGGACGCCGCGCUUCCAGCAGGUCUUCAUCAACUACGGUUCCCAUGACAACCAGCGCCUGCUGCUGGAGUACGGCUUCGUCGCCCCCGGCAACCCGCACAGCGUGGUCUACGUGGAUGCGGAAAUGCUGCGCGAGGUUGUGAAGGGAGACACAACAAGUCUGGAGCAGAAGAUGAAGUUCCUCGCAGACAACAACUUUCUCAACAACCUGAGCGUGUGCGAUGAAGGUCCCAGCUGGAGGCUGAUGACCGUCCUCAGACUGAUGUCACUGCCUCAAACUCUCUUUCCCCGGUGGAAGGCGGUGUUGCGCGGCCAGGCGGUGGGCGAGGUGGCCGAGCGCCGGAGCGUCCGGACGGCGGCGGCGUUGUGCCGACGACUCCUGCGAGACACGCUCACGGCUCUCGAGAAGGUUAAUGACCACGUUUGGCAUUUGCACAGAUCUCCAGCCUUCUCCAACAGGGGGAGCCCUCGCUCAGGGAGCAGCUGCGGGUGGUCGAGUCACUGCGGGUGGAGGAGAAAUGCAUCCUGGGGAAAUGCCUUCACUCACUGGGAGGCUCUCAAGCUGAGGCCUGCCAAACGGACGUAAACGAUGCGAGCUGACGUGGAUUGCACGUCUUGCAGAGAGACGGUCGCGCGUUCGACUCCAAAAUAUUGCGUCAAGAGAGGAAACUUAGUAGGAACUAUGAGGAAAAAGACAAUUGCCUCACACUGGAUGGAAUUUAUUGAGGAUGUUAACACAGCAACAUGGAGACUACGCUCCACUGUAUGUGGCAAAAUAUGAUAUGUGUAUGUGCUUUGCUAUUUCAACAUAACUGCAGUGGAAGAGGCGACCUUUGCACAUUUGUUCAUGAAUGAACAAGGUAGAUUAUUGGUCAGACUAGACUCGCACAGUCGAGAAGGUCAGAGUGCAUCAAAGAGGUCCUCACACUUAACGAAGCGGUCCAAUUAAAGAGCGUUAUCACAUUUGGACGACGGCCCUUUUCUUGUGCCGGAGCUGCACGUUCUCCAUGGCGGCGGCCGCGUCCUGGAGAGGAACCGCCUCCUCAGGCUGAGGUCUACAGAAGAAGAAAACACUUUUUACACCCUGGGACAGGCCAUUGGAAUAGUUUCAGUGACAUCAUUUUGACGUAGUUGUUCUAAAGCAUCUUCAGGGUAUCUCCAAGUCAUUUAUUUCUUUUUAAAAUUUUAACUAUUUAACCAAGAAUCGUCCCGUUAAGAUUCAGAAUCUCUCUCUCAAGGGCAUUUAAAACUUAACAUCCAUUACUUUGUUUAUUUUUUCCCAAUUUAUCAGUGAAUAGAUGAAUUUGGUUACCAAGGACAAAAUCAGACACACAAUCUAUAAUUAAUCUAUAAAAGUGAACUAUUUGGUACAUCUGACAUUUUAUCUCUUGGUGAAAUUGUAUGUAAAAACAUUGAUGCUUUUUUUGGUGGAGGAUUUUUGUCAUGCUAUUUGACUUCCUUGUUUAAAAGACAAUUUAGUAGUUUGUCUUUUAAACUGUAUACCUAUGAGAAUGUAUUUCUUAUAGUCAACUGUCCAUCUUUUAUGAGUUAUGAAUUUGAAAUAAACAAUUGCAAAUUCAAAUAACCUGA